AUGUACAACGUGGUCGUGAAAAUCGUUUGGGCACUAUCAACUGUCAUUUUUAUGUUGACCCAGACCUACGCGCAGUCUGUGUCGGAGGAUGAAUGUGCGACGAGUGUUCAUGCCAUUAUCGCCAGAGGUCAAGGCGGGGGCGAUGAUUUGAAUGUGAUGAGCACUCUUUCAGACCUGAUCCUGAAGCAGAUCCCCGGCUCGACAACCCUCGGCUUACCCUACGAUCACCAAAACGUCCUAACUGACUAUGCCAAAUUGCACACUGUUCACGACGGUGCUGUUCUAAUGCAGCAGUUUGUGCAGGAGUACAGCGAAAGUUGCCCCCAAACUAAGAUUGUGGUAGUGGGAUAUUCAAUGGGAGCAGUUCUCAUGAUGGAUUCUCUGUGCGGAACUAGUGAGGUCGGAUUUUUCUUCGUCGCCCCUCUCGCACGAUCCUACCACUCGACUAUCAUAGCUGCGAUCGCAUAUGGUGAUGAGACAUACAUUCCUGGAAUGCCGUGGAAUGUGGCUCAAUACGCAGCUAUUGUGAUUACGGUGAUGAGCAAUGCUGCUCGCCAUACCCACCAGACGGCAAUGCCGCACAUCACCACUACAUAUGGAAGUACAACCAAGACGUCGUGGACUUUAUCAAACACCGUCUAG